UUUGAAAAAAUUUAAAUGUCAUGUGUCAAAUUUAACAAAUUUUUCAAAAUAAAAAUAAAAAUUGUAAAAGUCAAUCUCUAAUCUCUAUCGUGUUCUUUAUUCUUAAAAUCAUCAAAAAUAAUAUUAUCAGAUUAACCAUUUACUAAACUAUCUUAUCUUGUUAUUUAUUUGCUAAAAUGACAUCCGCUUCGUCCAGCAGUGCGCGGUCCUUAUUCGCGGAGUCGAAGCAGCGAUUGGCAGAGAGAGUCCAAGUGAAUAUGAAUAACAUAGCCUCACUAGCUAGACAAAUUCAGCGAGGAUCAAAAUCCAACGAGCUCCUGAUGAAGUCAGCUAGAGAGAUGGCUGCCACAGAACACCUUACAGAAGGCAGCGAAGAAAACCUCAAGAAAAUGCAACUAAUCGCAGUUCACAUGGGAUACCAAUAUGAAAAUAUUCUAAAGUCCGCUCAAAUGCUAACAGAAAUCAGCGAACAAGUGUCGACUAUGCAGAGAUGAUAAAAUUAGAAACAUCUUCUUGGAAAAUUAAUUUAUGUUUAUCAUAAUAUUACUUAGAUAUUGCUUGCGAAUUUUCAGUGUGAGUUAUAAUCCACAAUUUUAUGGACAGCAGUAUGUGGUAUCAAUCAUUGAUUUGUCUUGCCUCUCUUUAGUGUGAUGCUAUUAAUGCAACAUAAUUUGAAGUCUACUAGUGUAGGGAUCGUCACUUUUCUAUGAUUGGCACACUGAUUUUGCAAAUCAUUAUGGUCUUAAAUACAGUCAAUAGAGCAAACUGUUAUAAAAAAAAUCAUAAGUUGAAAAUACAUCUCACUUUAUUAACAUUUUGAUGUAGGAUGUAUAAAAGAUGAAAAUAUAUAUAAUUCUUUAAAAAUG